AUGGAAACAGGAGUUGGUGUCGGUGCCCUGGUGAUGUACGUCGCCUGCAUCCCGUCCAACGGCAUCCUCCUGGCCUGGCCCAUCUACUACAUGGUCAAGUCCUGCUCCAGCGUCCUGCCCUGGACAACUUGUGGCAACGACUGGAACACCAACCUGUGUGUGGAAGACGUGAGGAACGUCACCUACAGCAGCCACAACGGAACAAGUGCGGAUGAUAACAUUACUGCUGGUGCCACACAACGCUGGGAAAAUGUCACUCUAGGUCAUACAGCGGCCGAGGAAUUCUGGCAGUACAAUGUGCUGAGUAUAUCUCGAGGUUUGGAGGAGGUGGGCUCUGUCCAAUGGCACAUCGUGGCUUGUUUGUUCGCUUCAUAUGUCAUCAUAUUUCUGUGCAUGAUUCGCGGGGUCAAGUCCGUGGGUAAGGCAGUGUACGUGACGGCAAUAUUGCCGUACAUACUCCUGAUCAUCAUCUUCAUCAGCACACUGAUUCAACCGGGAGCAGGAUCCGGUCUGCUGUACUACGUCACGCCGGACUUCCGGAAACUACAGGAUGUGAAGGUGUGGCUUGAGGCGUUUCUACAAGUGAUGUAUUCUCUGGGACUAGGCUGGGGUACCAUUGGCACCGCUUCCAGCUAUAACAAGUUCCACGAGCCGUGUCACAAGGACGCCAUCAUAGUGAGCACGAUAUCUGAAGGUACAAGCAUCUUUGCCGGCCUGGUGACCUUUGGCAUCCUUGGAGUGAUGUCCGAGAAAACUGGCGUCCAUAUUUCGGAUGUAGUUUCCAGCGGUCCAGGGCUAGGUUUUGUAGCCUACCCAGAAGCUCUGGCGCAACUUCCGGUGCCUCAGUUGUGGUCCUUCCUGUUCUUCCUGACGCUUCUGGCUGUGGGUCUGGAUUGUCAGGUGGGCGUCUCCAUGUUGCCAUAUAUAAAAACAUUACGUGAGUAUGCAACAUUGACCCUGAACGUUGUGAGGACAGACAAGCCGUACUCACAACAGCAUGUUUUAAGAAUAUCACUCCGUAAUGAUACUAGGUGUCCACACUCCUGA